GUGGUAGUGGACGCAUGCUUUGUUGUUUUGAUGUGUUUGUCGGUACUUUUUAUUUUUUUGUUGCUGCUUUUCAGCUUGCUUCUUAUAAUUACUUAGUUAAUCUUCUGCCUUCCGUCAAUACGCUUGGAGUGAAGUUCUAUAUUAAUUUUUUCUAAAAACAAAGUGUAAAUUAAGUUGUCUCAAUAUCUAGUGAUCGUAUUUUAAGAGAAUAGGUCGUGUAACUGUAAAUUUGUAAUAAGUUCGGAGGCAGGAGUGGAGUAUGAAUAGGACACGCAAGAAAAUCAUACGACCGAAGAAUCCCUAUUCUAAAGCAAAUCUCUUCUCACGAUGGAGUUUUUGGUGGAUGAAAGAUCUUUUUCGACGCGGCCUUAAAGGACCUUUGGAAGAUGAAGAGCUCUAUCAGCAUCGCAAGAAUUUGGAUAGCGAACGAGUUACAGAAAAGUUUAGCCGGCUGUGGGAAGAGGAAAGAAGAAAGAAAAAACCAAGCGUUGUUCGGAUGAUUGUUAAAGCUUACGGUUCAGUAUUUCUUCCACUUGGAGUACUUUUUGCAAUAUGCGAAUCUGCAACAAAAGCUUUACAGCCACUGUUCCUUGGCGGUCUUGUGGCAUAUUUUGCCAAUGGACAAAGUUCAAUAAGCAAAGAAAAUGCUUACUUUUUUGCGGGCGGCAUCGUUUUGUGUUCCAGUAUUCCUGUUUUAACAUUCCACCCCUUUAUAUUCUACAUAUUUCAAGUUGGCACAAAAAUACGUCUAGCUUUAUCGGGUCUUAUAUACCGCAAAUGCCUAAAACUUUCAAGGAGCGCCUCCAACGAUGCAUUGCGGGCACGUGCAAUCAACAUUCUUUCAAAUGAUUUGGGAAGAUUUGACGUGGCGCUAUGUUUUCUGCACGACGUAUGGAAGGGACCAACAGAGUCUCUUCUAAUAGGAUAUUUAAUGUAUCGUGAAAUCGGUAUUUCGGCUGUGAUCGGCGUUGCUUUCAUGCUGAGUUUCAUUCCUUUACAGGCAUGGGCUGCAAAGAAAGCGGCUUAUUACCGGCAAAAAACGGCGGAACGAACCGAUGUAAGAGUGAAACUGAUGAAUGAAAUCAUUCAGGGCAUUCAGGUGAUAAAAAUGUACGCGUGGGAGAAAUCAUUUGCCAAAGUUGUCGCCGAGGUACGCGUGAAGGAAGUGAAGGCUAUUCGUGGAACGUCGUACAUCCAUGCAGCAUUAAGCUGCACUUCCAUGAUUUCUCCCCUGUCGGUUUUCAUGGCGCUGGUGUCAUACGUUUACUUGGGAGAUGCCUUAACCGCAAAACGCGUAUAUACAGUAUCGUCAUACUUUAAUAUGUUAAAUGAGUCCAUGGUUCAUUUUUGGCCGCUAUCCAUAACCUUUUUAGCCGAAGCGUGUGUUUCAGCACGCAGAUGCAAGGAAUUUCUACUGGAUGGUGACCAAGCUGAGGCUCCGCUUCAGAGGGAAAAGAAAAGGAAGAAAAAGUCGUUAAAAAAAUAUUUAGUAAACAACAAUAAGAGGGGGCUUGAACACGUUGAUCGUGUAGGAAAAAACGAUAUUGUACCAAUUGCAGGAUCGAGUCCUAUAAAAAAUUUAAGAUUAGUUGAUCUUGAAUCCACCAACAAAAGUAUUGUUCUACGCGAUGUUAGUGCCACAUGGGAAAGUACAACAUCGCAUGUUUGUGGAAAUAUGGCAGUAGAAAAAUUGAACUGCGAAUUCAAGGAUAAGACAUUGGCUGCAGUAGUUGGACCAGUAGGCGCAGGAAAAUCCACCCUUCUCAAUGUAUUAUUGGGCGAAGUUCAAAUCGGUUCCGGCGAAGUAGUCGUUAAUGGAAAGAUCUCAUAUUGUUCCCAGGAACCGUGGGUUUUUGAAGGAACUGUGCGUGACAAUGUAGUUUUUGUUGAGGACUUUAAUGAGAGACGAUAUAAACGGGUCCUGAAGGUCUGCGCUUUGGAAAGAGAUAUAGAACUAAUGCCAAGGGGGGAUUUGACGAUGAUUGGAGAGCGCGGCGUUAGUUUGAGCGGAGGUCAAAAAGCUCGAGUUAAUUUGGCCAGAGCUGUUUACCGCAAGGCUGACAUAUACCUUUUAGACGAUCCCUUAUCCGCCGUUGAUACUAAUGUCGGUAAACAUAUAUUCGAAAGAUGCAUAAACGAUUUCUUAUCCAACAAAGUACGGGUAUUAGUCACACAUCAGCUGCAGUAUCUUUACGACGUCAAACAUUUGCUUCUUAUGGGCUCGGGUAGUAUAGUGGCUCAAGGGAGCUAUCAGCAGUUGCAGAAAUCAAAGCAAUUCCAAUUUUUGGCACAAACACAUCACGAUUGUGGGCCUGGCGAGACUGCAGCAGAUGAAGUGAGCGUAAAUAGUCAUAUGUCCCGAAGCGAUUCGGAAAAGAGUACAGAACAUUACCAUCCAGUUUUGAGACCCGAUGAAUCACCCGUCGAAGAUGCUAACAAAGAAGCACAAGCUGUUGGGUCGGUAAAGUUAGACGUCUAUUUAUCCUAUUUUAAGGCACUAGAGAGCACAUUUAUCCUGAUUCUAAUAGUUGGGCUUUUUAUUUGUGCACGAGUUAUGCUAAAUGGCGUUGACUACUUCCUUUCCCGAUGGGUCAUAUGGGAAGAAAAUAUUCAUCACACAGCAAAUGAUACGGAUUCGAAUGUUGGAAACUUCACCACAUUUUCCGAUGUGUUGAGUACAACGGAUAGCACUGCCUAUGAAGAUCACGAACGCCAAAAACGUGUGAUAAUAUAUUCAGCUAUGCUGGGCUCAACUCUAAUUGUCUAUUUACUGCGUACAUUUGGCUUCUAUAAGAUGUGCCUUAGGAUUUCUCUGAAAUUGCACGAUCGUCUAUUUCAGGGGAUAACUAGCACAAGCAUGUAUUUCUUCAAUACUAAUCCAUCUGGUCGGAUUCUUAAUCGAUUUUCAAAAGACAUUCGGACAGUUGACGCAGAUUUGCCUCACACACUAAUGGAUUGUUUGUCGUUCGCCAUCGAUAUAUCUGGUGUAAUGCUUAUUGUUGCAAUCGCCAACUAUUGGCUUCUGGUUCCUGCCUUUGUGAUAUUAAUAUGUUUAGUGGGCAUUCGUUUCGUGUAUAUAAAGACAAGUCGCAGCGUGAAGCGCUUGGAAUCGAUAUCUCGCAGUCCUAUAUAUUCCCUUACGAACCAGACCUUCCAAGGUCUUUCAACAAUAAGAGCUUUGGAAGCUGAACCUGCUUUGGAAGCGGAAUUUCAUGGCUAUCAAAAUGCUAAUACCUCAGCAUGGUUUUUGUUUCUCUCAUGCACACGAGCGUUUGCGCUGUGGACAGAUGUAAUUUGUGUGUUCUACAUUAGUGUUGUAACAUUUAGUUUUCUCGUAUUGGGUGCAGACUUUAAUAGCGGCGAUGUCGGCUUGGCAAUUUUACAUUCAAUGACAAUGAUUGGAAUGUGUCAGUGGGGCAUGCGCCAAACGGCAGAAUUGGAAAAUCAAAUGACAAGCGUCGAACGCAUAUUGGAGUACACACAGCAGCCCCCAGAGUCUUCAAUGGAAACAGAGGAGAAAAACAAGCCCAAAGGUGAAUGGCCGAGUGAAGGUCGCAUUGAAUUUGUCAAUUUCAAAUUCAAGUACAGUCCAAAGGAAGGCUACGUCCUGAAAGAUUUGAACUUUGCCACACAGGCAAAUGAAAAAAUUGGCAUUGUUGGCAGAACUGGUGCUGGGAAAUCUUCAAUUGUCCAAUCAUUAUUCCGUUUAGCCUGCAACGAAGGUGCAAUAUAUAUUGACGGCAUCAAUAUAGAGCAAUUGGGUCUAUACGAUUUGAGAAGCCGAAUAUCAAUUAUUCCUCAGGACCCGGUCCUGUUUUCUGGCACAUUGCGUUACAAUCUGGAUCCAUUGGAUGAAUGUAAUGACGAUGACAUGUGGAAAGCCUUGGAGGAGGUCGAAUUAAAGGGACACGUCUCUACGUUGAUAGGUGGUCUUAAUUGCCGUAUGUAUGAUGGUGGAUCGAAUUUUAGUGUUGGCCAGAGACAAUUGGUAUGUUUGGCCAGAGCAAUUCUGAGGAAGAACAAAAUUCUAAUAUUGGACGAAGCAACGGCAAACGUGGAUCCCGAGACGGAUAAACUUAUUCAAAAGACGAUACGCACCAAAUUUUCCAAAUGCACCGUUUUAACGAUUGCGCAUCGUUUACACACAGUUAUGGAUUGCGAUCGUAUAUUGGUAAUGGACGCGGGCCAAGCUGUCGAGUUGGGACAUCCAUUCGAGUUGUUACAGAAACCAGGUGGUUUCCUACGUAACUUAGUCGAUCAUACAGGAUUGGCGACAGCAUCCGCUUUAUUACAAGCUGCGGAAAACAAUUACAAAUUGAGGAUGCAAGAUCCAAGUGAUAAGUCUAAUAAAUCUCUGUGAAUUGUGAUCAAGUGUACUAUACAACACAUAAAUUAAUGAAUUUAUAUUUAUAUAGUAUAAAAAUGUACUUAUAUGUAAGUAGGAAAAUUGAAUACUGCCAUUUUACACAUGCUUUUGUGUGCUUUGUUACUUAUACACUUUUUUCUACAUUGUAAGCACAAAUAGUAAUAGUUUAUAUAAAAUAUUUCAGAAAAUGUUUUUUUGUCUGAAAUUCAAAUACAAGAGAUUUGUUAAAAAUA